ACUUAGCACUGACUACACCCUCCUCAAUUCUGGUUGGCGAGAUGCGCUCUUCCCGGAAGUGACGCGCAAGUGCCGGCGGAAGGGGAAGUCCAGGAGCAUGGGUGAUUUUUCUCCCUACCGAGGUGCAUGAGGGGUGUACUAUGCUAACCAAGGGGAGGCUCACAACCGUGACAGACUGCCAUUCCUGAACUUUUCUGGCUAUGGGCCCCCGGAGCCGCGAACGUCGGGCAAGCGCGGUACAGAGCACCAACGACAGCAGCGCCCUCAGCAAGCGUUCCCUGGCCGCGCGCGGGUACGUGCAGGACCCCUUUGCCGCGUUGCUGGUUCCGGGCGCAGCGCGCCGCGCACCGCUUAUUCACCGAGGCUACUACAUCCGCGCACGCGCCGUAAGGCACUGCGUGCGCGCUUUCUUGGAGCAGACUGGCGCGACCCAUGCUGCGCGUCGCGCGCAGAUCUUGUCUUUAGGCGCCGGCUUCGACUCGCUCUAUUUUCGCUUGAAAACUGCGGGCCGCCUGGCCCGGGCUGCAGUCUGGGAGGUGGAUUUCCCGGACGUGGCGCGGCGCAAAGCAGAGAGGAUUGGAGAGACGCCAGAGCUGUGCGCGUUAACCGGGCCUUUCCAGCGUGAGGAGUGCGCAUCAGCGCUGUGCUUUGAGAGCGCAGACUACUGCAUCCUGGGCCUGGACCUGCGGCAGCUCCAGCGAGUGGACGAGGCCCUGGGCGCAGCGGGGCUCGACGCAGCCUCACCCACUCUGCUCCUGGCCGAGGCGGUGCUGACCUACCUCGAGACGGAGAGUGCCGCGGCCCUCAUCGCCUGGGCAGCGCAGCGUUUUCCUAAUGCCCUUUUCGUGGUCUAUGAGCAGAUGAGGCCUCAAGACGCCUUUGGCCAGUUCAUGCUGCAACAUUUUCGGCAGCUGAACUCCCCCCUGCAUGGCCUGGAGCGCUUUCCUGACGUGGAGGCGCAGCGGCGCCGCUUCCUUCAAGCUGGCUGGACUGCCUGUGGUGCCGUGGACAUGAAUGAAUUCUAUCGCUGCUUUCUCCCCGCAGAAGAGCGCCGGCGGGUGGAAAAUAUUGAACCCUUUGACGAAUUUGAGGAGUGGCAUCUGAAGUGCGCCCAUUAUUUCAUUCUGGCAGCUUCUAGGGGAGACACCCUCUCCCACACCCUAGUGUUUCCAUCUUCAGAGGCAUUUCCUCGCCUAAAUCCUGCUUCGCCUUCAGGGGUAUUCCCUGCCAGUGUAGUCAGUAGCGAGGGCCAGGUCCCAACCCUGAAGAGAUAUGGCCACGCCUCUGUCCUCUUGAGCCCGGACGUAAUUCUCAGUGCAGGAGGAUUUGGAGAGCAGGAGGGGCGGCACUGCCGAGUGAGCCAGUUUCACUUGCUCUCAAGAGAUGGUGACUCUGAAUGGAAAUGCAGCCAAAUAGGCGGUUGUGGGACUGGAGUUCAGUGGGAUGGACGCCUUUAUCACACCAUGACAAGACUCUCAGAGAGUCGGGUUCUGGUUCUGGGAGGGAGACUGUCCCCAGUAAGUCCAGCCUUGGGGGUUCUCCAGCUUCAUUUUUGUAAUAGUGAGGAUAAUAACACUCAGGAUCUGAAAGUGACAAUAACAAAGGCCGGCCGAAAGGACGAUUCCACUUUGUCUUGUUGGCGGCAUUCAACAACAGAAGUGUCCUAUCAGAAUCAGGAAUAUUUGUUUGUGUAUGGGGGUCGAAGUGUGGUGGAACCUGUACUAAGUGACUGGCAUUUCCUACAUGUAGAGACAAUGGCUUGGGUCAGGAUCCCAGUGGAGGGAGAAGUGCCUGAAGCCCGGCAUUCUCACAGUGCCUGCACUUGGCAAGGGGGAGCCCUUAUUGCUGGAGGUCUCGGGGCUUCUGAGGAGCCAUUGAACUCUGUGCUCUUUCUGAGACCAACCUCUUGUGGAUUCCUCUGGGAGUCAAUAGAUAUCCAGCCUCCCAUUACCCCAAGGUACUCCCACACAGCUCAUGUGCUCAAUGGAAAGCUGUUACUGGUUGGAGGGGUCUGGAUUCAUUCCUCCUCAUUUCCUGGAGUGACUGUUAUCAAUUUGACUACAGGAUUGAGCUCUGAGUAUCAGAUUGACACAACCUAUGUGCCAUGGCCAUUAAUGUUACACAACCAUACGAGUAUCCUUCUUCCUGAAGAGCAACAGCUCCUGCUCCUUGGAGGUGUGCUCUCCACCUUUCACUGUUCUGUGCUCCAAGAGGCUGACCUUUGUGGACUAUAUCAAGGAGCUCUCUUUACUUUUUGAUUGAAUUCCACCAGUCAGAGGCACCAGAGGGGAAUGGGGGCAAGAAGAAGAGUGAGUUGGUAUUUAUUCACAAUUCCUCCCCUGCUAGUUUGCAAGUUGGCAGUGGCAGCAUUCUUCUGUCAAAGGCUACAGCUCCUGUCAUGUAAUCCUUUCCUGUAAGAUCGAGUUCUAAUUCUCCAUCACCCCAGCUUUCAGUAAUUGUUCCUUUACUUCACCUCUUCGGGCCUAGGAGUUGUGAUGGCUCUUUGUUAGACCUGAACUGUACUGUCCAAUGUAGCUAUUAGCAACAUGUGACUGUUUAAACAAAUUAAUAAAUUCAGUGGCCUAGUCACAUUAACCACAUUUUAAGUGCUUAAUAACUACGUGUGGCUUUGGCUACUGUAUUAGACAAUGUAGAUGUAGAACAUUUCAUCGUUACAGAAAUUUCUACUGGACACUGCUGACUGGAUAACUUGACUUGGUUUCCCUUAAUCCUACUCAGCCCCUUAUAGUUAGCAUCCCAUUAAACUCAAUUACCCCUUUUAAAUGGGAAGCUUGCCUAGUGAGCCAUGUGAGAUCAAUGAAAUAGCUAUUCAUCCUUAAAAUUUGAGCCUUAAUUUGUCAUCUAAAUUAUGCAGACCUUGUGAAAUUUACACUUCAAAAAAUGUAGUGGCUUUGGUGGUACUAAGUGUAUCACUUUAGUAUUUCUUCUCUUAGUCCUAGAAACCUUAGUAGUUUUCAUUCUGCAAGUGCCUAAGUGAUUAUUAUGAACCAUCAUUGAUAACAAAUUGCAUCCUUUAUUUCUAUUAACUUUGCAUAUAAAUGGAUGUGAAAGGUGAUUAAUAUAAAAACCGAGUAGCAAACACAAACCUAAGUGUAUGGAGAGGACAAUGUUGGCUCUGUUAGCUGAAGGCUCCUUGGGGCAGACCAGCUGAAUAAGGGUUGUGGUCUAGGCUGGGCAUGGUGGCUCACGCCUGUAAUUCCAGCACUUUGGGAGGCCAAGGCAGAAGGAUCACUUGAAGCCAGGAGUUUAAAACCAGUCUGGGCAACAAAGUCAGAUCCCCAUCUCUACAAAAAAAAUAAGUGGGCACGGUGGUGUGUGCUUGUAGUCUCGGAUACUCUGGAGGCUGAGGCGAUAAUGAGCUGUGAUUGUGCCACUGCACUCCCGCCUGGAUGACAAGAGUGAGACCCUGUCUCUUGAAAAAAAAAAAGGUUGUUGUCUAACUUGAGCUUUCCUGAGACUUUGUAAGAGCCAUUUCUAGGGAAAACAUUGAUUAUGGCUAUGACUGAGUCCUGGGAAACAGGGCUUAUUACAGCUGGGAAGGCAUCUGGAAAGGCGAUCAGUGGGCCAGGUAGAAAACUGGCAGGGAAUAUGAUCAGCAGGAGAAAAUGGCUGUUCUGUAUUUCCUGUUUCUAAGUUUACUACAGCACACCCCAGCUUUCAGGAGCAGAUAAAAGCAGAACACUGUGGAGGCCAGGCGCAGUGGCACACACCUUAAUCCCAGCACUUUGAGAGGCCAAGGCUGGCAGAUCGCUUGAGCUCAGGAGUUGG